UGUGGUUCGUUCUCACUUUCCUAAAACAAUUGCAAGAUGCUUAGAAGAGAAUUUCCAAAACCCUAACCAGUGUGUGUCAUCUAGUUCAUUAAUGGAGGCCGAAUCUGGUUUCCAGUGCUUGCUUCGUAAUCUGAAGAUGGAUGAUCCCGGGAUCCCCCCGAAGACUUGGGAGUCGAUCGCCUGCGAAAGUGGAACUAGUCGGACGAUUGAUCAUGUGCAGGGACCUGAAGAUAGGAUAUACGACCUCUCCGCUGUUUCCGAAUCAAGUUUGGUGAGAUUGGUUAUAAAUGUACUGCAAGGUGUGAAGUCGGCGAUUGUUGAGAUUCAGAAACUCUCACUUUCAUUUUGUUCAAGUCCAGCCAAUAGGAACUUUCAUAGAGUACCAAGUUUGUGGUGCCGGUUAUCAAGCACCCAUGCAUUGGGAAGGAUGCUCAAGUCUAUUAGCCAUUCAGGUCUUUUGUUCUUUUUCCUAAAUGAAUUUGUCAGCUAUUUCCUUUGCACAUAUCACAAGACUAAUUCAGUAAGAAGGGAGAAUUGUGAAAAUUUUUUGAUUCCAUCAAAUAGAGAAGGUCAAAUUGAAAUGCAAGAAUGCCCUCCUUAUAGCUUGGUCAACCAAGCAUUUGCUGUUGCAAUUGGAAAGCUUCUUGGAGGCUAUAUCUGUGCAUUGAAUACUUUAUCUCAGUCAAUAAAAUUGAGACGUUCGGUGCAGUGCAAGGGUGAAUCUUUACCCAUUUACCAACUUGAAGGUACUCCGACUGGUGCUGUCAAUCCAGAUAUUACUUUUUUGGAGGUCUAUUUGCAUUCUAAAGAACUGAGAACUCAAAUUGAAGUUCUUGGAAGCAUCUGCUUUUUUCAAAAUUUUAUAGAGGUCAUGGAUUUGGAUUCAAUUGCCGACUUCCAUAAAUUUCCCAGAGGAGCAGACUUACUUACCUAUUUGUAUAUUCAGCUCCAGGAUGCAGACCCGAUUCGUUAUGACCUUCUCAAGUAUCUCUUUGUUUGUUCUUAUGAGCCUUAUUCUGGUUUUAUCAACUCGUGGAUUUAUACAGCUACCAUUGAUGAUCCUUAUGGGGAAUUUUUUGUAGCUUCAUCCGAUACUGCACCUACAACCGAUGCCAGUUCUUUUUCUGUUAAAUCUUCUUUAGCCUCUAUCAAGGAACGGUCUGGAGUUUCAGUUCCUUGUUUUCUGAAGGAUGUUUGCCAUCCACUCCUUCGAGCUGGACAACAACUUCAAGUUCUUUUGAAAAUGCUUGACUUAAGCGACCUUUUUUUAUCAGGGGAAUACAUCCAUAGUGAUUUGCUAGUCCUCAGGGAGAUUUUUUCCUUCUGGGUUGAUUCAUCAAGCAGAUUGGAUUUCUUAUCGAACCCAUUAAAUUUUGACUUAAAUGUUGUGGAAGAUCUAAUUCAGAAGAGAGAAGUUAAGUACAGAAAUAUGCUGGAAAAACUUCAAUACUAUUUGAAAAAGUUCAGUGCUAAGGAUCGAUGGGCAUCACAUAAUGUAAUUGCUUCUGGCUCGCUGCCCACCUUGCCUGGGAGAAGCAGUGUGAAUACGCCUUUUCCUUUGGUUUUUGAUGGCGAAUCGAACUUUAAACACGGAAAUAUUAAUGCGACUUCUGAUGAUGCAGAUUCUGAUGAUUCUAUUUUGUGGGUUGAGUCUGCAUUCGAGUUGGAACUAUCACAAUCUUCAGAAGUUUCUUCACAUGAAUAUAAUGAUGAAAGUAUAGCUGAAAAUUUCUAUGAUUUGCCUGAUAAUAUAUGCAAACCAUCGAAAUCUAUGUUUUCAAACUUAACGGCAGAUCAUGCUAAAAACAGCAUAUUACGAACUUAUGCUAAAAUCAAUUGGCCAUCUUUACAUCCCUCUUCUUUCCUUAGUUCUACUGAAGACUUAGAUAAUAUCGCUUGUUCUCACCUUCAACAUGAAAAGAGGAAAACAAAUCAGAUUUCUGCUUCCCCCAACUGUGAUGCUAUUAUGGAUCUUAGAAUAUUUAAUGACAGAACUGAAGUAUGUCAGUCUGGUGGGUGUUGGCCCCUAGGUGGGCUCCUGAGCAAUCCAUUCUGUGCCUAUAUGAAUUGCCCCGGUCCACAGCAGCUCCAUUUGACAGAAUACUGCUUUGAAAAUGAUGAUGGGGGUACAGAUAAGUGUACUUUUGAUGAAACAUUUUUAUCCAAAGCAUCUGGCCGUUUCAUGCUUAGUUCUGAUGGAUUAAGGGAAAUGCAAACUUCAACUGGGACAUUUGGAUCUCUAUCUUCUUUCUCUUCAAGUUUUAGUUGGCCCUACGCUUUUAACAUGAACCCUAUGUUAACCAAAACUCUUUGGCUUCCUACAGCGGGAAACUCAAAGGACACAAGUUUUAUCAACAAGCACUCAUCAUAUUUUCCAAAUUACGACUUUUCUUCAGUUACAGACCCUUUUAAGCUUCAUUCAGAAAGAUCGUCUUUACGUUCUGGUGAUAGAUCUAAGGCCGAAGCUUCUUUGCCUGCGCAACUGGGCGGUUCUGCUAGAGGAGCGAAGUACUCCGGCAGUGCUAUUAAAGCAACAGUAGAAAAUCAACCAAUCUCAGUUUUUUUAUGCCCAGCAGGAGAAACAAAGUUACAAAGAGCUGUCCAACCGCCUGAUGCUUCUGGUGGAGCAGAUUGGGCAAAAACAUUAAAAUACCCAAUUAAAAAUGCCACCUAUAGUGAUGGUGAUAUUCAUUCGGAACAAAAGUUUUUGAUACCGUUGGAUAUAAUAAUUGACAGAUGUAUUCUACUAGAAAUAUUACUUCAAUAUGAGUAUGUAAGCUUCUUUACUGUUAAGUUUCUUGAGGAAGGCUUUAAUCUUCGAGAACACUUGUUGGCACUGCGGCGCUAUCAUUUUAUGGAAGUAUCUGACUGGGCUGAUUUGUUUGUGAUGUCUCUAAGUUGCCAGAAAUGGUCGGCCCUUCAGUGUGAACAGGAAGCAUCAAAGAUACAGGGACUUUUAGAUUUGGCUUUGCAGAGGUCUUCGUGUGAGAGCGAUCUUUAUAAAGAAAGAUUGUUCGUUCACAUUAAAGGACAGAGUGCAUAUCAGCCAGUUUUUACAAAAGGAAUUCAAGCUUUUGAUUUUGUGGUGUUGGGUUACCGAGUGGGCUGGCCUGUAAAUAUUGUUUUAACUCAAGAUGCUUUACAAAUAUAUGCCGAUGUCUUCAGUUAUCUUAUACAAAUCAGGCUUGCUGUUUGGUCGUUAAUUGAUGUAUGGCAUUUUUUGAAGGAUGUUCUCUAUUUUUUGAACCACGAUAAACAGAAUACAUUUCGUGAGAUGAAGGAUUUCAACAAUGCAGUGAGAAUGAGGCAACAAAUCUAUCACUUUGUAACUACAUUACAGCAAUAUGUGCAAUCACAGUUGUCAGAUGUUUCAUGGUGUAGAUUUCAGAAUUCACUUAAACAAACGGUGAAGGACAUACUGGACUUGGAAUCGAUGCAUAUGCUGUAUCUUGUAGAUGCAGCGCACAUAUGCUUUCUAUCUGAUGAUGCAAAAGCAGCAGCUACAGUUAUCAAGAAUAUCUUGCAAUGUGCAUUAGACUUUCGCUCGUGUUUCUCUAGCAUUGGGUCUACUGGCAAUUUGUCUGAAAAAGAUUUAUCAUGCUUCCAUUCUCGGAUUAAUUUUACGCAGGCAUCUUCUGUAAAUUCUUCUUUUAAGAAGAACCUCGAAGAACUGUACCUUUUGUAUCUUAAAUCGCCGAAACAUGGCGAAUUCGGCCUUCAUCGCUUCUGGAGUUAUCUUGAUUUUAACGGCUACUUCUCCACCAUCAUGAACAAAGAGUUGGGUUAUCCUCAUCUAUAGAUUUUUUUUUUUUUUCUGUAAUUCAUUUUUGCCAUGAAGAGAAGAUACAAAAUGUUGCGUUUCUUUGUUACUGGCCAUGUCACAAUCAAUUAAACUC